AUGCUAAAGUUUGAAGAGCUCCCCACAGUUGUUUCCAUUCACAAUCAGCACUUUGAAAUAAAAUAUGAUGAACAGAUUUAUGGAACAGUAACUCAUGAAAAUUGGAACGAAUCAGGUGAAAGUAUCAAUCUAAAGGAAGGCAUUGAAAUGCUAUUCUCUGGUUACAGACAAGGUUUAAUCAUAGUUGGUGGACUUUGUUCAGCAAUAUAUACAGAUGAGAAAAGCUGUCCAGUUUUCUUUGAUAGUCAUUCACAUUCACAGGAUGGUAUGUCAUCUGCAGAUGGAACUGCUCUGAAAAUCACUUUUAAUAAUAUUGAUAGGUUAGUGGAUUAUUUGUUCGCAUAUUAUCAAAGUUGUAAUAUAUCAAUGACAACCCAAUUUGAGUUACAACCAGUGUCAGUGACAAGUGAGGCAGGUACUCUGAAUCUAAGGAAUGAUAUUAAUCCCCAAAUGGAUAAGUAUUUCCAAUAUCAAGAGGACAUGUUGAAAAAACACAAAAAGUCAAGAUCUCGUGAAACCAGAAAAGAGUACAUGAGGAAUUAUAUGAGUAGAAAGAGGGAAAACUCUGAGAAACAGAGGGAAAAAGACAGAGAAAGUACUUUAAAGAGCAUGAGUAAAUCUAGACAGUGUAAAGAAUUCAAAGAGAAAGAAUUAAAAGCAAAGAGAUGUGCUAGGAAAAACCCAGAAACUCAAGUUAAGGGGAAAAAAAGCACCUUAAAGAGCAUGAACAAAUCUAGACAGUGCAAAGAAUUCAAAGACAAAGAAUUAGAUGCAAAGAGAUGUUCUAGAAAAAAUCUAGAGACUCAAGAAAAAAACAGAAAAAGCACUUUAAAGAGCAUGAGCAAAUCUAGGCAGUGCAAAGAAUUCAAAGACAAAGAAUUAGAUGCAAAGAGAUGUUCUAGAAAAAAUCCAGAGACUCAAGAAAAAAACAGAAAAAGCACUUUAAAGAGCAUGAACAAAUCUAGACAGUGCAAGCAAUUCAAAGACAAAGAAUUGGAUUCAAGGAAAUGUUCUAGACAAAACCCACAAACUCGAGAGAACGACAGAAAAAAUACCUUAAAUGGUAUGAAUAAACUUAGGCAAUCUCAGGUCUUUUGUCUUAGAGAGAGGAAUGAAAAGAGAAAAAAACGGGAAAAUACCCUGCAGCUAGAAAAAGAAAGACUAUCAAAACAACAAAGUAGAAAAAAAUAUCGAAAUGCUGAAAAAGAACUUGAUAAAAUCUGCAAAGCCCAGAAAAGAUCAACUACAGUAUUCACAGCACAUGAAAAAGAAUUGUCAAAGAAAAGGAAACAAGGACAUUCUUUAGAUCAAUGCAUACAAAAAUUUCAUAAUCAAAUUAAAAAUGGCCCAGUUUAUGUAUGCACUUGUUGUAAUCAAACUUGGUUUUCUAAAAGUGUUGUGAAGAUGGAGUCUGUAAAUAUUAGUCAAACAAGUCGAGGCAUUUGUACUGGUUUUAAAUCUGUUGAUGAUGUUGAAUGGUUAUGCUUAACAUGUCUUAAAGCCUUGAAAGAUGAAAAGAUUCCACGGUUGUCAGUGAGGAAUGGAAUGAAAUGGCCAGACAGACCAGAAAUUUUGAAGUUGCAUCCAUUGGAAGAAAGACUAAUUUCUCAGAGAAUACCAUUUAUGCAGAUAAGAGAAUUGCCCAGAGGAGGGCAGAUGUCUGUUAAAGGAAAUGUUGUAAAUGUUCCUGUUGAUAUCCAGCCAACAGUAAAUGCUCUUCCUAGACAGUUAGAUGAACAUGUCACAAUUGCUGUAAAGUUAAAAAAAAGACUUUCUCACAAGUCUGCAUGUUUCUCUGAAAAUGUCCGUCCUAAUAAGGUCAUGAAUGCUUUACAAUGGCUUAUGGAAAACAGUGAAUUAUAUAAAUCUUCAGGCAUUAACAUUGAUCAUUCAUGGAGAGAAAUUAUUGAUAAUGACAACCAGGAAGUUGUUAAAGAGCUUGUUGGAACAUCCUCCAGCACUGAUGAACGUGAAACAGAACCAAAUGAUGAUGGAUUUUGUGAAGUUGCUGCAGAUGAUAAUAUUCAAGGCAAUUCUGAUACUCUUGUUGAUGAAGCAGAUAAUGACACCAACAAGGCAUAUGUUUUUGCCCCUGGAGAAAAUCAAAGACCAGUAAGUUUAUACGAAGAUAAAGAUGCAGAGUAUUUAUGUUUUCCUACCAUAUUUUGUGGACAGAGACGAGUAGAAAAUAAUGACAGAGUUGUAUCAGUUCAUUAUAGCGAUGUUGCAAAAUGGGAAUUGCGUAGCAUUGAUCGACGAGCAGCAAAAUCUGUUCCAAACAUUUUUUUCAAGUUGAAGAAAAUUCAGAUUAAACAAGUUAGUGAUAAAGUUAACUUAGCAUUGAGAAGAUGCAAAACAGAGGGAAAGACGAUCACAGCAGAACAAGUUCUGAAUCCUGCCACUGCAGAAAAAAUUGUUAGACUGAAUGAAGGAUAUUAUAUCUUCAGAACACUCAGAAAUUCUCCAGCUUAUCUUGCAUCCAAAAAGAAAGAUGUUUUUGCAAUGAUCAGACAAUUAGGUCUUCCAACAUGGUUUAUUUCUCUUUCAUCAGCUGAUACUCGAUGGGUUGAUCUUCUGAAAACAUUGGCAAUACUUAGAGGAAAGCCUCUUUCAAAUGAAGAAAUAGAAACUCUGGACUGGAAUGCAAAAUCUACUCUAGUUAAGGAAGAUCCAGUGACUUGUGCUAGAUAUUUUGACAACAGAGUACAAAUAUUCAUCAAUACUGUUCUAAAGAGUCAUCACAAUCCUCUUGGUGUUGUCACAGAUGUAUUUCGACGUGUAGAAUUCCAGAACAGAGGUUCACCACAUAUUCACAUGCUUGUAUGGACCAGUGAUGCUCCAAAGUAUAAAGAAAAUAGUGAUGAAGCAAUUGAAGCUUAUGUCGACCAGUAUGUUACCUGCAGCUUGCAGGAAAAUGAUGCUCUUUUGAAACACCUUGUAGAACUCCAGGUUCACAAGCAUUCAAAGACAUGCAAAAAAGGUGGAAAAACAGUUUGUCGGUUUGGAUUUCCUUUGCCACCUCUACCCAAAACAAUGCUGCUUGAACCAUUGGAUGUUGAUGUAGAUACAUAUAGAAAGAAGUACUCUGUUCUUCAAGAAAAAUUGAAUGAAUACAAAGAUGGUUGCAAUUUAGACUAUGACUCAUUCUUGGAAAAUGUCAUAAAAAUGUCACAAGAGGACUAUAUCAGAUGUAUCAGAGCCUCCUUAAAAAGUCGUAAAAUAUUUCUAAAAAGAAGUCCAUCAGAAAUGAGAGUUAAUUACUACAACCAGUCAUUGUUACAGGCUUGGAAUGCUAACUUGGAUAUCCAGUUUGUUUUAGAUCCAUAUGCAUGUGCAACAUACAUUGUGGCCUAUAUCAGCAAAUCACAAAGAGGAAUAAGUGCAAUGCUUGAUAAAGCAUCUCAAGAAGCUACUGAUGGAAAUAUGGAUCUUAAACGACAAGUUCGGCAUAUUGGAAACAAGUUCCUUAAUUUUGUUGAAGUUAGUGCACAAGAAGCAAGCUACUUAAUUCUACAGAUGCCUCUGACACAGUCUAGUAGGGAAGUAGUUUUUAUAAAUACUUCACCUCCAGAAGAGCGCGUUUUUCUUCUCAAACGAGACGAGGAACUGAACAAUUUACCUAAACAUUCAACUGAUAUCAAAGCAGAUGGUUUAAUUCAAAGAUAUGCAAGACGUCCAAAACAAUUGGAACACUGGUGUUUAGCUGAUGUUGUAACAGAAUUGGAAGUAAGUUUUCCCAAAGAAAUGGAAAAAGAAAAUGAUGAUGAGGAAAACAAUGAAGAUUGUCCAAAUGAAUCUGCAGAAGAUAUCUUUUCUGAAAGUGAUGUUGUUGUUCAUUUGAAAAAUGGCAUAAAAAUUAGAAGGCGUAAAAACAAAAGAGUCAUCAGAUAUGUAGGAUACAGUAAAAAGACAAAUUCUGAACUGUACUACAGAGAAAGACUGUUUUUGUUUCUGCCUUGGAGAAAUGAAAUGGUUGACCUUCUUGGAGAUUUUCAAACAUAUGAACAACAUUAUUAUAGAAAAGCUAACAUUAUUCAGAUAAAGCAAACAGAAUAUGAACAUUUCAUGGAGGAAUUAGAAGAAGCUCGACUUCAAGCUGAGGAAGAUCUUGAUAAUUUGGCUACAGUUGCACCAAAUACAGAACAAGCAGAGGCAGAAGAUUUAGAAGUAGAUCCAAAACCAUCAGAAGAGUUUGCUCACUUUGAUCCAGAUACAAUUCAACACAGAGACUAUGAUAUAGGGCCAGAGAUUGGCAUGUCAUCAAAAGUAUCAGAAAUAGAAAUGAGUGCAGUUCGCAUCCCAGAUGAACAAUAUCACAAAUUAUUACAGAGCUUAAACAUAAAACAAAGAGAAUUUUACAAUCAUGUUGUAACAUGGAUUCAGCAUAACACUGAACCAUUGUAUGCCUUCCUUACUGGUGGAGCAGGUGCAGGAAAAUCGGUUGUUAUUGAUGCCAUAUUUCAAACAUUACAUAGAAUCUUGUAUUCUAAAGAAGGAGAAAAUCCAGAUGAUAUAAGAAUACUUCUUUGUGCAUCCACAGGAAAAGCUGCUUAUAAUAUUAAAGGAGCUACUAUUGCAUCAGCAUUUCACAGAAAAAUGUACCAGAACCAACAAAACAUGAGUGCUGAUGAACUGAACUCAUUUAGAACUAAAUACAGGAAUUUGUCAGUUGUAAUUGUUGAUGAAAUUUCAAUGAUGGAUUAA